AAUACGUUCCUGAAGAUUUGAGGAAGACGUAGAUAGUUCACGUGGAUAUGCAUUAACGUCCUCUUUUAUUACUUUCAGUUUUACAAGUUGCCCCGAAACUAACUUGUUGUUUCGGUCACAUGAUGCCCAAUCUGCACAGACAGCGACUGCCAGGUGCCGCCUCUUCUUCAGGGAACAAAUCACUCCGGAAUAUUGUAAAACAAGGAUUUUUGGUGCAGUAAGCGACAGGCUGAGGUUUAAACAUGCUUAAGUUUAAACCACAAUUUGACCUGCAGAGAGAUGUGGUGUGUGACAUCCUCAGGAAGGAGGCGUCGGUCUGCAGGGUGAAAGAAUACUCCGGAGCAGUGGAGACUCGUAUCCUAAACAUCGAGAGAGACGGGGGCAUCCUUUACUCCUGGAAGGGAGCAACAGGAACCACCAGAAUUGGGAAAUAUGACUCCAACACCAAACAGAACAAGCCCCUGUACACAUUUGACAAGCAGGUGUGUGUCAGCAGCUGUUCCCUGAACAAGGAGGAGACGCUGUUAGCUGUCAGCUUGGCACAAAACACCAGAGGAGAGGAGCGCCUCAAACCAAUAUCCAAGUGUCUCACCCUGCUGAUUGAGAUCCACCCCAUCAACAACACUAAAGUCCUCAAGGCAGUAGACUGCAGGGUCAAAGUGCAGUUCCUCCAUUCAGAAACUGACAGGAGAUCAGUGCUGGAGAGCCACCUGCUGCUGCUGACUGAGGACGGAUAUGUGGAUCUCUACCAUGUCCAUCUGACCAGACAGGAGGGUUAUAGAGUGGUGAUGUCCAAUCCUGAGCGGUUGUCCAAAACAGCAGAGAGAAUAGUGGAGGACUUCUGCUGGGUCCAGUGGGAUGGACACACGCAGAGAGUCUACUAUCUCACUCAUAAUGUAACACACACACAGGACAAGUUCCUGAUGCGUUGUGUUCAGUUUUACCCCAACCAUAACUGCGAAAUUGUGUUGGAACUUCCACUGGAGUUGCCUGGUAAUCUUUUCCGCACAGUCAAGUUUGUAAAUCUUGGUUUUGACCAUUAUCACGUGAAGAAACCAGAGCAGGAUCUUUUCAGGAUGGAAGUAUUUACAAACACUAUAGGAAGCAUGUGUGUGUGCUACAGCCAGCCUGUAAAAGACAAACAGGAACUGAUGUACACUGUGGUUUUAGUCCAGAAAGACUGCAGCAAGACAUUCAGAGUUUCUCUGGGCAGCGAGCAGUCGUCACAGAACGCCACGCAGCUCCAUCCGCUCUUCAUCCCUAUAGGUUACCACAUGCUGGUGUAUCUGCAGGACUGUUUCCUCCAUUGUAUCAACACCAGGCAGCAUGAGAUGCUCUGUCACUCCCUCUUUCUCUCAGGUUCUGACGUGGAUUUGGGCCUGCAGUUUCAGUCGGCUAACAUCACAGUGCUGCAUGCAGAAAAAGAGUCCAGUGGUAGUCUGUUGGACCUGUCCAGUGGGAGGAUCCAUACGGCUGAGCUGAGCCCUGCCUUCCUGCUGCAGAUACUGCGAUCAGACUCUCCUUCCAGGUGUCCCAGCAGUAAGACUGACCCUCAGCGCCUGGCCGCCCUCCACUGCCUGCUGGUUUACAUGGGAAAUGACCCAAACCUGGAGCUAAAGGUCAUCGAAUGGUUGAGUGACAACAUGAACGCCUUGGAGUCCUUUGAUCAGAUUCAGGAGUUCAUUCUCGCCUCUUUGUACAGAAUAAGCUAUGAGAAGUCUCUCAGCCUGGAUAAAGUCCUGCCUUACUCCUCUUUGCUCGACAAGAAGGAGAUACCAACGUGUCUGUUGGAGGUCCCUGGUGUGUUGUGCACCACUGAGCUGCAUACUGAACCUGUGUUCAAAGGCAAGGCCAGGAGUCUCCAGGGUUUCUGGUCAGAGCUGCAGUGGAACACGGAGAGGACAAAGUAUCUCGACGCUGUUCCCAACCCCAGAUACAGAACCACACACGUACAAGCCGACUGGGAUAAAAUGAGGUCCGAGAGGAGACCAUCCAGCCACAUGAAUCACAUGGAGGAGAACACAAAGAAAGUUCUAUCAAUGGUGGACACCUGGUGUCUUGAUAAGAAGCUGGUGCCACUUUUCCAGGAGGAGGACCAUCAACAGAGGGCGCUCAUAGGCUUGACGGUUGACAAGCUCCGUGAUCAUCUCAACAGACACCUGCCUCGUCUGGGGAAGAAGAGGAUUGACUCACUGGUUGUCAACUAUGUCGCCAAACUGCUGGAGCUCAUCAGACACAUGCUGGAGUCAGUCUGGCUGAAGUACAAACUUGGCCCUCGUGUUUUGUGCCUAACGCAGCAGGGCAGUCCGGGCGAGUGGUCAGUUUUUCACUUCAUGUUUCGUAUCCUGGAAGCCACGAGGGGUCUCUGCCUGCCCCUUCCACCUGGCUAUCACACCCUGUUAGCAGUGUUUGCCGUGCGUUGCCUCCCUCAUCACACCUUCUUACAGUACAUUGACCACGGUUUCCUGCAGCUCACUGAAACCUUUGUGUCUCGGCUCAUGACAGAUUUGGACAACAGUGAUGCCAACGAGAGACUGAAGUUCAGCAUACUUAAGAGACUCCCUGAGCCUAUGGAGCAGAGGAUCUACCAUAUGUGGGACCAUCCUGUCAGCUCAGCAUCGAUCUCCAGAGACUAUGUCAGGACUCUGCUGGAGAAACACAACAAAAACAAGGGAUUUGCAUUCACCGGCAGAGACAAGCCAGGCUUCAGACCUGAGUUUCUGCCUCUUACCUACCUGGCAAAAAUACUCUCAGAUAUAGAGGAACAAGCUCUGAACCCUUUCGAGGAGCAGGAGAACGUCGACGCCAGGUUCGUGGAAGAGACGGCUCUGAAACAGACACUAAUACUGCUGGGCUUUGAGGAAAAAUGAAGGAUGCAGAGAGGAGUGGGGAGGGUGGAGAGGGACGGCGGAUGGAUGGAUUGAGGGAGAAACAGAUGAGGGGGAAAAUGUGUUUGGGAGAACAGUCAUCAUUGACUGGGCCUUGAGGAUAAGUAACGGAUGGAUGGAUGAUGGAGGGACGGAGGGCGAGGAGUGAAAGAUGAAUGGAGAGAUUGAAAGGCAGAGCGCUCAUAAACAAGCUCUCACUGUCUGAUGACAGAUUAGGGCUGGGCGGAGGGAUAGAUGGAUGGAGACGCCCAGGAAAGAAAGAUGGAGCGUGGGUGGAUCAUGAGACAGCAACAUCUUUUCUAAACUGGAGGACACAAGCUUUGUGAGGCUUCCGCCUCUUUAUGAGGCAUCUUUCUGUAAUUUUGAUGCUCUAUUCUGGUCAUUUUUUACGUAGUCACUGUUUCUCUUUGUGGUUGUUUCUUGUCUUGUGUGUUCACUUUGUCUUUUUGCAUUUGUUUUGUGUCUCUGUAGGGGUUUGUGCCUCUUUGUUGUUAUUUUGUGCCUCUUUGUUGUAAUUUUGUGUCUCUUUGUUGUCAUUUUGUGCCUCGUUGUAGUUGUUUUUCCCCAUUUGUGGUUAUUUUGUGUCUCCUUGUUGUCCUUGUGAUUGUCCUUGUGAUCAUUUUACAUCUCUUGUAUCUCUUUUUGUAAAUAAUGUGGCUUUUUCAUUUUGUGUCUCUUUGUUGUCUUUUUGUGUCUCUUGUCAUCUUGUUUCCUUUUAUUGUCCUUUUGCUUCUCUUUGUGGUCGUUUUGUUUCUCUUUGUAGUUUUGCCCCUUUUGUGGGUUUCUUUGUGGUCAUUUUGUGUUGUCUUUGUAGACGUUUUCCCCCAAUUGUUGUUAUUUUGUGUCUCUUUGUUUUCAUUUUGUGUCGGUUUCUAGUUGUUUUUAGCCAUUUGUGGCCAUUUUGUAUCUCUUUAUAGUUGUUUUUUUCCCCAUUUGUGGUAAUUAUGCAUUUCUUUGUUGCCCUUUUAUGUGUCUUCGAGUUGCAGAAAAAAAGUUUGUGCCCAGUAGGACUGUUAAGUGAUUCCCCCCAUGUGGCCGUGACAAUAUGAGGCAGAAUGGAUGUUUUUCCUGGUAAAUACUGAGGUGUUUGUGGGACAAAGUGAACAUUACCAAAGUUCUAAAACAACAGGGAACAUAGUUAGAUCUUCAGUUAGUGGUUUAAUUCAAUUUGAGGAAACAUGAUUUUCAAAUUUUACUCAAAAAUCAAUAACUGCAGGCAGCGAUUUAUAUGAACUCAAUUUCAGCACAGCAACGAUCGUCUCCCCAACUUCUCCAUUUUCUCUCAUCCAAUUUAUGGACAUUGAUGUCAAAUACCGCAAACUGUAUUUAUAAAUCAAACACACUUGUUUUAUCCUCCUGUGGUUCCUGUAAUGCCGCUGUGCCCCAUCAACUUGAUUACAUGCUGACAGAGGCUUUGCAGACAGAGUAACUUGAUAUGGUCAGUCAGUGGCUGCAUUAAAUCUCAUAUUAACUCUGAGUUAUACACAAUCUUUGCGGCUAAAAGGGUCUCAGAUAUAAUUCAGUGAAGGCUGACAGAUUUAAAAUGACAACGACAACCCCCCCAAAAAAAUGAAUGUAUGAAUUGACAUGGACUUUAUAAAGUAGUCGAAUAACAAUCAGUCUAUUUUAUACUAAAACCAUUGGUUUUGCGACAAAUGUGUUGGAAGUUCACUGCUUGUUACUGGCUGUUGUUUGGACUAUAAGGGCUGGAAAUGUGCUGAUAAGAUACUUAUUUUUUCAGAUUCCUUUGAGAGAAAUAUAAAUAAUUUUCUCCAAAACCCUCAUCCAGAGUUUUCUAAUGUUAAAUAUUGUCUUAUCACUCCUUACUGGUAUGGCCUGAAGCAUAUGACAGGUGAACUGUUUGAUGCUACAUUUGGUACUAAAAAAGUAGUGAUACUCAGCCCUAGAAUAAUAUAGAAACUAUAUUUAUGCAUAGCACUAUGCAGAAUAAGUCUAAAAAUGCUUUACAAACCACCAAAAAGGCAGUACAGGGUCAAUAAAAAGGCAUAAAGAGUUGAAAUAACUAAAAAGAACACUCUGACAUGAGUCAGCCAGUCCACAUACUCUCAAACGUCUGGUUUGAAUCAGGUGCUCGUGCGCCUACAAUCAUGACUGAACUAUUACUGUAAGUGGAGAAAUUCUUUGGUGUUGGUGUGUGUAUGUGUGUGGCAUGUGUUCUUAAUCCUUUUUAUAGUGUCUGAAUGUUGGCACCAUCUGAGACUAAAUACCAGAGACUAUUUACAUCUCAUGUCGUGCUUUGAUUUGAGAAAUUACAAAACAUUCCUCUGAAAAAAAGGGAUUUCAUAAUCACUCACUUAUGUUUACACACAAAAAAGUUUUGUAAGAUGAAGUUUAAAUAAAGAGAUUUUUUUUCCAAGUUUACUGUAUUUUUCUUGUUGUGCUGCCAUGCUUUUGAAGAACAUGCUGUUCAGAGAGAAGCUUUGUGGCAACAGCUAGGCCUGGCUCACUUUGUUUCCAGUGGAUUUUCUUUGAACCCUUGAAAAACAGAGCGAGUUUCAUUGUGGAGCUUUGAGAUAAAUUAGGAAAUGAUCUAAGCUCAGACAUCUAGUUUGUAGCUUGAAAAGCUCUGCGCAGGAAGAAAUGAGCUCUCGGAUUCU